AUGCCUACUGUGUCUAAAAUAGUCCUCUGUCCUGAAACCCAGUUGGAGGAGGAUGACUUAAUAGAUAAUCCUCCUCGAAAAGCAUCAAUUCAUCUUGAUUUCUCUUUAUUUAUCCAUAGCUCCCACAAACGGUUCUUCCCCCAUACCAAAGUCAAGGACGCCGGAAAUGGCUGGUCCAUCAUCACCCCCGCUCGCGAGCUAGCUGCCAUGAUCGAGGACUUGCAAUCCAUGACCUGGAAGCAUUUCCAAGGCCUGGCUAUCAAACACCUAGCUCCGCUUGAUGACACGCCUCUCUCCCGCCUCUUAUCUGCCACCCGGAACGCUGGCGCGCUUCACUGGCAAGCUUUCAUCUCGGGCCAUGUAAAGUUCAGCGAGGAGAACAAGACUGAAAUCGGCGGUCAUUUGGAUUUCAUCGAUUUCGCGGCCCUUGCCUACGAACUUUUCCCCAACAAGGUUAUAAUCAAGUUGGUUAUGAAGGAGCCUCCCAAGGUGAUGCCGCCAAACGCCGCCCAGACAACCCGGAUCACCAAUCCCGGUGCGGCCGGUGAAGCCGAGGGGUCGGUUCGAGAAACGCCGGGAAGCAAGCCGGCGCAAUCCAUGACGGUCAGCAGUGGUGGCGGUCACAUGAAGAGAGUCCACGAAGACGAGCCCGAAGCCAAGGCCAUUGGCAAGGGUCACCCUUCUUCUAGUUCCGCUCCCGGACGACCGGUCAAACAAGCAAAAAAUCAGGCCCCGGCUGACAACGAAAACGAAAUCGAGGUCAUCCAAGGGCCCACCCGUGCGGGUCAUGAUCGUCACGCCGAUCGCCAACCAUUAGGUCCCGAGGCUCCAGUGAUGGAAGCGGUCGACAUGGAUACUUACUUGACCGUGGCUCACAUAGAAGAAACCAAUCAAGCGACCCGCCGUCGUUUAAGGUCGAACGGCAUCACUCACUGGACCUUUUUCCGACGAUCCACCGAAAAUGAGUUGGUCCGCUUGGGGUUCCCCUUAGGUGUGGCACGUUUGUUAUGUGAGGGAGUUCCCCGCUUGGAGCGCUAUGUUCAAGAGAGAUCUACUCCCUUAUAG